CAAAAAGGGAGAGAUCGACUAGAAAAACCUAAUCAAAGGAGAAGAGAGGAAUCUUUCAGCGAUUUGUGAAUCAGGAAGGCGAUAAUGGCGAUGGCGAGUAUUGCUAGACGGAAGUCUUCGUCUUUUCUCUCGUCGUCGAGGCAUCUAUGCUAUGGCAGCCCCAAGUACUACACUUUCUCUUUGAGCAGAGGCUUCGCGUCGGGAUCUGAGGAGAACGACGUUGUUGUCAUUGGCGGUGGUCCUGGAGGUUAUGUAGCCGCAAUCAAGGCGGCUCAGCUCGGUCUCAAGACCACUUGUAUCGAGAAGCGUGGAACCCUCGGCGGAACCUGCCUUAAUGUUGGGUGUAUUCCUUCCAAGGCACUAUUGCAUUCAUCACACAUGUAUCAUGAAGCCACACAUGCAUUUGCCAACCAUGGUGUGAAGUUUUCUUCUGUCGAGGUUGAUUUACCUGCCAUGAUGGGUCAAAAAGACAAAGCUGUGGCCAACUUAACACGAGGUAUUGAGGGUCUAUUCAAAAAGAACAAAGUGAACUAUGUCAAGGGCUACGGUAAGUUCCUUUCACCCUCAGAAAUUUCAGUAGACACGAUUGACGGAGGUGAAACUGUUGUCAAAGGUAAGAAUAUUAUAAUUGCUACUGGUUCUGAUGUCAAAGGCCUUCCUGGAAUAACCAUUGACGAGGAAAGAAUUGUAUCAUCUACUGGCGCUUUAGCUUUAAAAGAAAUUCCCAAAAAGCUGGUGGUUAUUGGGGCCGGCUAUAUAGGCCUUGAAAUGGGCUCUGUCUGGGCCCGUCUAGGCUCAGAAGUCACUGUUGUUGAGUUUGCAUCUGAUAUUGUUCCAACUAUGGAUAGUGAAGUUCGUAAGCAAUUCCAGCGCACCCUAGAGAAGCAAAAGAUGAAAUUCAUGCUUAAGACUAAGGUUGUCUCUGUUGACAGCUCAGCAGACGCUGUCAAGUUGACCCUAGAACCAGCUGCCGGUGGAGAGCAGACCGUUCUUGAAGCUAAUGUCGUUCUUGUCUCUGCUGGUAGAGUUCCAUUUACUUCUGGGCUUCAGUUGGAAAAAAUAGGGGUUGAAAUGGACAAAACCGGCAGAAUCUUGGUUAACGAACGGUUUGCCACUAAAGUCCCUGGAGUCUAUGCUAUCGGUGAUGUCAUUCCCGGCCCAAUGCUGGCACACAAGGCAGAAGAAGAUGGUGUUGCUUGUGUGGAGUUCAUAGCAGGAAAAGAGGGCCAUGUGGACUAUGACAUGGUCCCCGGUGUUGUUUACACUCACCCUGAGGUGGCAUAUGUGGGGAAAACAGAGGAACAAGUGAAGGCACUAGGAGUUGAUUAUCGUGUUGGGAAGUUCCCUUUUAUGGCCAACAGUAGGGCGAAAGCAAUAGACGACGCUGAGGGGAUUGUCAAGAUCAUUGCCGAGAAGGAGACUGACAAGAUAUUGGGGGUCCACAUCAUGUCACCUAAUGCAGGUGAGCUGAUUCACGAGGCGGUUCUGGCUUUGCAGUACGGGGCAUCAAGUGAGGACAUUGCACGCACAUGUCAUGCCCACCCAACCAUGAGCGAAGCUCUUAAAGAAGCUGCAAUGGCCACUUAUGAUAAGCCCAUUCACAUUUAGAUAAGUGAUGUUUUAUGUUCUUUGUUUGAUAUGUCUUAUGAGAGUUUUGAAAUGACUUGCUGCACAGGUUUUUGUUUUUGUUUUUUAAUUAUGCCUCAUCACACAAGUAGAUCAAGUGGCUAAACGGUGUUUUACCACUUCGUUUGGGAUUAUAGUGCCUGAUGUUGAAGGCUUCUUUCUUUACAUUAAGUUAUACCCCUAUUCGAUUGAUACAAAUAAAUUAAACUAUUACUGAGCAGGUUUGCGGGAUGUGUGGAUGGUAUUCCAUUGUAAUGAGUAAUGACAUGGUCAUCAUUUACGCUAUAUUUCAUUUCACUCCAUUAUCUUACAUGUUACAUUAUGUGGGUUGU